UGAAAAGAAAAAAGAAAUCUUGGACUGUGAGAGCCCGAGCCGUGCGGUGUGGACGACCAACAACCCUAGUCUUCCGGAUCCAUCCAUCCCAUCGGUCCCUGCUGCAUCUCCUCUCCCACUCCGCCGGUCAGCAGCCUUUUCCUUGAUUCAGAUCUCUUCAAAAUUAGUUUCAACUUGCGGCCUGUUUUUUUCUUCUCAUCUCUCUGCUGCUGCUGCUGCUGCUCUAGUUUUCUUGUAAGGUUCCCGGAGAUGUCGGACUCGGAGGAGCACCACUUCGAGUCCAAGGCCGACGCCGGAGCCUCCAAGACCUACCCGCAGCAGGCCGGCACCAUCCGCAAGAACGGAUACAUCGUCAUCAAGAACCGCCCGUGCAAGGUUGUUGAGGUCUCCACUUCUAAGACUGGGAAGCAUGGUCAUGCAAAGUGCCACUUUGUCGCCAUAGACAUUUUCAAUGGAAAGAAGCUUGAGGAUAUUGUUCCUUCAUCCCACAACUGUGACGUUCCACACGUCAAUCGUACUGAUUAUCAGCUGAUUGACAUUUCUGAAGAUGGCUUUGUCAGCCUUUUGACUGAGAGUGGCACCACUAAGGAUGACCUGAGGCUUCCCGCUGAUGAAGCUCUGCAGGCCCAGAUCAAGAGUGGAAAUGAAGAAGGAAAGGACAUGAUCCUGACUGUAAUGUCCGCCAUGGGCGAAGAACAGAUCUGCGCUGUCAAGGAGAUUGGGGGCAAAGCCUAAGCCGCUUAGCUCCUGUGGUUCGCUACGAUACUUGCUGUCUACCGUUGAGUGUUGAGAAUUGAGAUACAUACAUAGGCCCUUUAGCUAUCCGAGGAUGAAGUAAUGUUGGUUUAUUUUACCCUGAAUUCUUGAGGUGUUUCUUAAUACUUGGUUAUCGGUCUCUUGUAUCCUUUUGAACUGAGUGAUGGUGUAACUCUGCUUUAUUUGUCGCAGCGAAUUGCGAUAUAUAUAGAUUGGUUGGACAAUUCGAUUCAA